AUGCUAGGUAUUAGAAGCUAACAACGUGUCCAUAUAGCCUUCAACCUCCGAUGUACCUACGCAACGAGAAUAUGGUGUCAUAACAUCGCAUACUAGAAACCAUGUCCAACACAACAGCAGAAACAGCUUCGCAAUUGUCGAGGGAGGCGAGGAAUGUACAGCAGUCGCUGAAGGAAUUACAGAAAACGUGCGAGCCGUGGGCGAAGGAGGUCGAGUUCCAGAGGAAGAAUCUCAGACGCUUAUAUCUUCGCCUGCUCCUGCUUUACCCUUACGCGAAGGAAACCAAAGAUGUCGAAACGCACCUGUGGAUGUCCACGUCCCACCACUUCAUAUCACAGUACAAGCAGCGGAUCCUCGCGCUCGACCGUGUCGUAUUUGGGCCCCCACCACGGCAUGGCCCACGCCACCAGCAGGGCGGCCCGGUAGAAUAUCGCAAGCUCUUAUCCAGGUUCCGUCAAUUCCUCGCGGAGGAGGAACGCUUCUGGAUCCAGCUCGUCUUACGAUUCCAACGCACGUUUGGUUUGAAUGACGCUCAACCUGCUCUAUUUGCGCUCGGGAUUGCUUCAGGGGAAGGAGAAGGCCAGCCGGAGGAAGGAUUGCAGAAUGGACGGAACAAUCUGGGAUUCCCGCCGGAAGAUGGGUCUACGGACGUUGUGCCCCAGAAAUCUGACCAGCGCAAAGGGCAGCUCUUCAUCCUCGCGAAGGCUCUCGUAUGCCUCGGAGACUUGGCUCGAUACAAGGAACUAUACAAUGAUGGAGGCGGUAGGCCUCGGGCGGGCCACGAGGACGGCCCUGCCGCUGGACCCAUCAGGCCUCCGCGAGGUGGCAGGGGAAGGGGUAGGGGUGGAGGUAUCAGCACCUCGGAGCAGAUGCCCGCUCGCGAACGAAACUAUGAAAGAGCGCAGAGGUAUUACGAGCAGGCGCGGCUUCUGGUGCCGGACGAAGGCAACGCAUCACACCAGCUGGCCAUUCUGUCAAUGUACAAGAAAGAUACGUUUGGGUCGCUCGUGCAUUACUACAAGGCAUUGUGCGUCCUACAACCCUACGACCCUGCCACGGGCAAUAUGGGGAUCAUAUUGGACAAGGCGCUAGAUGCAUGGAGAAAGUCACCAGAGAGGCCACCCUUAACCGAGCCUCGGCACAAGGUAGCGCGGCUCAAGGAGGAUGUGCUCAUCUUGCAUGCACUGUGGAGGCUUGGAGUUCAGGAGACACGGGGAGUGGGUCCCAUGCACGCCGAGCAGCUUCUACGUGACUUCAAAGAUCUGGUCUCUGAGCGGAUUGUCCCUCCGGAAACUAUCCGCGAGGUCGUCAUACUUGCCCAGGGCGCUUUGCUGAAACACCGCAAGUUCCGAGAUCCGCCUGUCUCAGGGCAUCGACGCUCACGAUCAAGUGACCCGGACCAUGUCAGAACUGCCUCUGCUUCGACUAUCGAGUCCCAGAUCGCCUCCCACAUAAUCGCGCUGCAUCGUACGCUUAUGGAAGUCGGCACCGACGAGCUGGCGGAGAAGCCGCCCGAAGACGCAGCGGAGGGCGACCUGGCGCAGAAGAUCACCGCGGUGUUCAGGCGGACGCUCCCUGCACUGCGAAUAGCCGGGAAGUGGCUACGAGCCAAUAUCGGAUACGUCACGCAACGGUCGGCGCCUAGAGACAACGAUGGGAGGAGAGGCAGGGCGCCGAGCGUCUUGAUCGCUAGGAUGGAUGACUUUUGGACGACAUAUACCCAGUUCAUGUCCGCUCUCCUUCGUACAUUCCCUCUUGAGAAACUGCCGGCACUUACCAGGGCUUUGGAGGAAGACAUCGACCUGGCUGGCUUCAUUCCCCUCAAAAAAUAUCUAAUGGAUCGGGGCACCGAGAGGACGGGUGGGGACGAACAUCCUAAUGAUGAACAACUGAUGAGGAUCGCCGACAUUCUGGAGGACGCACGGUCCACAGCAGCUGAUGUGUCGGGGUCUCCUAUCCUCCUCAAAGGGAACCAGUUUCUCCUAAGAACCACGGCUGCUGAAGCUGCCAGCGAGGCUCCCGCUAGGGAAAAUUCCAGUAAUGGGAUCUCCGACCAAUCCAUCCCCGCCAUCGUGAAUGUGAGCAAAGCCGCUGAACGUACCGAUGAAGAUGAAGUGAUUGGGGAUGCCAUGACGGACGUCACUCGUACUGACGAUGACCCUGUACGCGAGGCAGGCGAUGCAUUCAGAUCUGGUCUUCGCACCUCGAGCUCUGAGGCAGGAGAUGAUGAGGACGAGAUUGUCUGGAACCCCCGGCCUGCUAUGUCACCCAUCGCCCCACCUGCUCUGUCGCCGGUGGCUCCGCCUGCUUUAUCUCCUAUAGGUCCGCCUGCUCUGUCGCCCAUAGCCCCACCUGUCCUAUCUCCCAGGCGCCCGUCUGCUUUAUCGCCCACAGGACCGACCGUGCCCACUGCUUUGCCAUCUCCACCUGCAGUCCUCCAUCAAAGUCCAGCUCGCCCAAAUUUCGCAACUCAGACAUCGUUGCCUCAGUCUCCCGCUAGGAUUGCGGAGGAGCCGCCCUCGGUUACCACGCCUAAGUCUUCCGUCGGUCAAGGCAUGACCGCUGCGGAUCUAUUGAAUAGUCUCAAGACUGGAGUGCCUCUCGAGCCUCCCCAACGAAUCGUAAGCAGCACUCACGCUGAGGCACUGUUCGGUACUGGCUCUCGG